AGAAUAAGUAACAAAAAAACAAACAGAAGCUCUCCUACUAUAAAGGGCGCAAACAGAAGCAUCCGUUAGCAGAAGAAAAGAGAGAGAGCCAGCCAUGGAAUACUCCUACCCACAAACCCAUCAAGAAGACCACACCCAAUACCAGCAAUACCAACAAUACCAACAACAACAACAACAACAAGAAGCAGCAGCAGCAUAUGACCCAUCAAGAAUUCAAGCCUACGACCACUCAUAUCAAUCCUAUUAUCCCUACAAUCAUCAUCAACAACAAUAUGAAUAUGACCACCACCAGUACCAGCAAUAUUACAAUCCCACUCAAGAUUACAGAAAUUCCUACGACACCACCACCACCACCACCCAACAUCAAUUCCAUCAAGAACCCACUUCGAUUCAUCCUCCUGGGGUCCCAAUCCCGCCUGAACCGCCACACAACGCGGAUCCCGGGCAAACCCAUUUUCAAAAUGCGUAUUAUGCACAUGGGGUUGUUGAAGAUCAGCAACAGCAGCAAAUGAAUUCGGGUUCGGGUGAAUUGAUACCGGCGGCUGUGGCUGCACUAUCGCAGCUGACGCAACUCUCUGCGAACAUGGAUGCGGCGCAGAGGGCCACUCAACCGCCGAUUGGGCAAACUCCAUAUAGAGGUGGAGGUAGGAGGGGCAAUAGGCCCUUCCGAGGGGGUGGUCGGGGCCAUUUUGGUUACCAUGGUUCUAGACCAGAUGGCUCAGCCCGCCCUUUCCGCGGUAGGGGACGUGGCCAGGGUGGUGGUAGACACUUUCCACAGUAUGGUGCUGCAUCAAACAAUCUAAAUUCAGCAUCUGUACCUGCUGAAGGUGUAGCUGCUUUAAUGCAGCCGCCUUCAGCAUUGGUUCCUGGGCAGGCACCAUUACCUGUACCAACACAAGUGUCUUCUACUUCAUUCUGGCGACCUCCUCGUAUGGCUUGGUGUGAACUUUGUAGGGUUGACUGCAACACUCCUGAAAUCCUUGAGCAGCAUAAAAAUGGAAAGCGACACAAAAAAUAUAUGCAGGUAUAUGAGGAGUUGCAGAAACUCAACAAAGUCAAAACUGAACAGCAGAAUGCUCAAAUGCCUAACACUGAAUUAAAACCAGAAGUUGGUCAACCUGUGAAAGUUGAGGGAUUUGAGGAAAAACAACCCUUACAAGAAAAUCUUACUUCUGAAGUAGUUACUGAUAAUAAUAGAAAUGAAACAGAUCAGAAAGAUACUGGGGCAAAUUCUGAAGCUUCUGCAGGACCUGGGAACAAGUCCGGGGAUCACUUUGCAGCUCGGGGACGUGGUUUCAAGCGUAGGAUGAGAGGGGGGCGAGGGGGUAAGUAUAUGAGGACUAAUGAAGGAUCACGAAGACCAGUUGAGCCUCCCAAACCGAAACAAGUGAUUCCUUUUAUAUGUGAAUUGUGCAAUAUCAAGUGUGAGUCACAGGUGGUUUUCGAUAGUCAUUUGAGUGGUAAAAAGCACCUUGCCACCCUUAAAAGGUUUCAUGGCCACCGUGCUUUGUAUGGAGAAGUGGGGCUUCAAGCACUUUACCCAUCUAACUUCAAUGCCGCCUCAACUUCAGCCGCCCCAACUUCAGCCGCCCCCCCUGUCCAGCAAGGUGACAAUGAUCCUCAAGCCCUCUUGGCCCAAUUGUUGAUGACUUAUGUGCUUGCUCAAACCCAAGCACAAGGGUCAUCACCAGCUCCAGCGCCUGCAUCUGCAGUUGGACCAGUCGGAACCCACAAUCAACUCGAGUUGAUUCAAGGAUUGCAAGCGAUGUGUCAAGAUGGGAGCCAAAAUGCAGUUAUCUUGGAACUCAAACGUCAGCUGCAAUGUGCAGCAGCUGGGAACCCAGAAACAAACACUGGGAAUGGAACAUCAGAGUUUGAAGCAAAGGAGGUAAGCGUUCCUAUAAGUAUGUCAGUUGUGGCGCCAGCAGAGAAUCCAGUCACAAGCGAGCAAGUUUCUCAGACAGCAUCAGAUAAAGAGUGUGGAGCUGCCUCCUCAGAUCCAAUUUUCCAGCCAAAAGCUGAAAACCAAAUGCAGGAACCAGAGUCCAAGAAAGAAGAGCGAACUGAAUAGAUGCAGUUACAUAUUUGUUGGGGAAACCACUGAGCAAAGUGAGGUCCUAAGCUAGGCCCUUCAAUGACUGAAUAAGAUACACUCAUUUCAGCCAUGGUACAGUUUUAUUUUACAUUGAACUAAAUGGUUAUGUUCUUUUGUAUAACACAUGUUUUGGUUGUGGGACGUUCAGAAUUACCCAUAUGUCUUUACCUUUUGGCUGAAUAUACAUCACAUUGGCAUCUAUCGAUUAGCCGUUUUACUG